CAUUUUUUUUUUUAUCAUUGCCAAGAACCCAUUAAACCAGAGAGAUAAACCAUUAUAUAUAGAGAGAAAAGAAUUUCGAUAGACAGACACUUGUAGGAUCUUGAUCGAUCGAUCUAUCUCUGUAUUCAUGGCAGCUUCCAAGAGCUACUUCCCAAGGCCGACUUACCGUUUCCUUCCAACCGAAAGAAACGGUUCAAUCGGUUCCGAUUCUCUGUUCGAGUUACACGAAUCGGACAUCUGGAACUCGACGGCGGUGGGUCGAUCUGUAUCACCGGAGUUUCAGAAAUCGGUGGUGGGUGGUGUUUCUCGAUCAUCAUCGAAGAAGAAGUUGUUGGCAGCAGCUGGGAAGAGAUCUGAUGCAUCUUCUUCGUCGUCGCUUCCGGUGAAUGUGCCGGACUGGUCGAAGAUAUUGAAGCACGAAUAUCAAGAGAAUCGUCGGAGAAACAUCUAUGAUGAAGAUGAUGAUGAGGAGGAUGAAGAAGACGGCGGCGAGGGUUGGGUUCCUCCGCAUGAGUUUCUAGCGCGACAGGUGGACAGGACUAGAUUGGCUUUCUCUGUUCAUGAAGGCAUUGGGAGGACAUUGAAAGGAAGGGAUCUGAGCAGAGUCAGAAAUGCAAUUUUUGAGAAAACUGGUUUUCAAGAUUAAAAAACAACAACAAAUUAAUUAGUCAAGAGACAAGUUUUGUUUACGGAUCUUGUUUUAGUUUUUCCUAAAACGUUAAUUAUAUUAUUAAUUAAUCAUUUAUUUUUGUUAACAUGAAAUUAACUUGUUGAUUUUUGCUUGCUUGAGGGAAUAAAUAAACAAGUCAAUUUCAAGAGAUUGUACUACAUUUUUUACAUUAUAAUUUUUGAAGGUUUACUUUUG